GCGGGAUCCGCUCACUCCUCGCCUCACCGCCGCCAUGGGCCGGACAGCCGCGCUCCCCCUGACCGCUCUCUGCUUGGCCUGCCUCUGCGGGCUGGCCGCCGGGGCCGGUAGCGGCGCCGCGACCGUUGGCAUCUGUGAAAAGCUUUCUAACUGCAGUUCGUGUAUUGGUAAUGACACAAAUGUAGCAGGCUGCAAGUGGAUCAGAUGUGAAAAACACAAGUGUGUAAAUGAAACAGAAGUAGAUUUGAAGUCUAGCAACUGUAGAGUUGAAGAACAGUGUUCUUCUCCUACAGUUGUUCCUCUUUCCGGUGCUACGACACAGUCUUCCAAUACUACCACAGCAUCUUCCAAUACUACCACACCGUCUUCCAAUACUACCACAGCAUCUUCCAAUACUACCAUACCAUCUUCCAAUACUACCACGGCCAGUUCUGCUACCACAGCUCAUACUACUAUAGCUAACAUCACCAAUGUAACUACACAUGCUCCUCUACCUACAACUGCCAUUACUUCAGCUACCACAACAACCAGUAUUCCAGGUACAAAUGCUACUGUGACUCCUGCACCUUCUCCACGCAAAUCUACAUUUGAUGCUGCGAGUUUCAUAGGUGGAAUUGUCCUUGUUCUUGGUCUGCAGGCAGUUAUUUUCUUUCUGUACAAGUUCUGCAGGUCGAAAGACCGAAACUAUCACACACUUUAGGACCUGCCACUUCAUAAUGGACUAGCAGCCCAACACCUGUAGUUCACUGAACCAAAAUAUUUUCUGUUGCUCAUGGAAGACAGCAGUUCAUAAUAUCCUUUAAAUCUCUAGAAGAAGACUUUCAAAGAAUAUUUUUGCAACAUUAUACUUGGCAAGAGAUGAUAUGAAUCUUUUCAACAGGAUUACUUGCAAUAUGCUGCAUGGGUUCUAAUGGCUGUCUUAUUUUCCUUUAGUGGCUGCUGCUGUGGGACUUUUUUUGAUAUGCCAAAUGUAGAGGUUCAGAGAUUCUUAGUCAGUGGCAACACUGUCUUGAAUAGACAAUCUCAUGAUGACUUAUUGUGAAGGCUAAUUUAAUCAACAUUUGAUACAGUAUCCCUUCAGUUUUAUCAAGAUGUGAAUUAUUGGUGACUGACUUCAGGGAGUGAAAUACCAUUUAUACUAGCUUAUGGCUCUUACAGUGUGCUGCUAGAAAGAUGAACAAAAUUGUAGAAGUAGAUAAUGUCUUAACAGAAUAACAUAACCCAUAAAUUUUUUUACACAAGAAUAAAGGUUGCCUGAUAAAAUACUGCAUUCCAAACAGAAAUCCUAUGCCCUUUCCAAUUAAUGUUGAGGGUGGAGAAGGAAUGUAGGGGUAGUCCUUCUAAAGGAGAAAUGAAGAUUAGUGCCUUAAAAGACUAGAAAGCAGUAGGCUGCAAAAGCAUCCCACCUAUCUCAAAGAUAAUAAAACUCUUUCCUAAGUACUAGCUUUAUAUAGGAGAAUGGAAUACAUGUGACUUGAGCAUUCCAGUUUAAAAACUUCUCACACUAAGUAACUGUCCCUUAUUGACCUUGUUUGAGGGUGAAGGAGCAUGGUACAGUAAUGUUCAGCUACAGACAGAAGCUUUUAAGUUGCCUUUUGUUCUGGCCUACAAAGACCAACCAUAAAACUAGUGAUAAAAUACAGUUCACUCCCUGUAUAAAAAGGCAACAAUGUACAUUUAUACUUGAAAUACUGGUGUUUGGGAAAUCCUGAGGUUUUUCUUAUUCAAAUGGUUCUUAAACUUGUUGCAAUUAAUUUCAUGGUUGGGUGGUGGUUUUCUUUUUUACCCUCCUGUAUGUCUGCUUGCUGAAGGAGCAGUUAAGGGUAGUUCAGAGGAUCUGCCAAUUUGAUCCUAGUCAGGAUUGCUGUAGUUUCUUUCUCCCUCCCCUCUUCAUGGCAUCAGGUUUAUGUCACCCUGCAGUGAACUGGUUAAGGAAAUCUAUUUGGCUAAAUAGUAUUUUU